AUGGACGGUUACCCUCAUUUGGACUCUAGUAAUGCUCACUUGCCUCCUGGUUUUCGUUUCCAUCCGACUGAUGAAGAGCUCAUUACCUACUAUCUGUUGAAGAAAGUACUUGAUGGUAGCUUUACAGGUCGAGCUAUAGCUGAAGUUGACCUUAACAAGUGUGAGCCUUGGGAGCUUCCUGAGAAAGCAACGAUGGGAGAGAAAGAGUGGUAUUUCUUCAGUUUAAGAGAUAGGAAGUACCCAACGGGGUUGAGGACAAACCGAGCAACUGGGGCUGGUUAUUGGAAGGCUACUGGGAAAGAUAGGGAGAUUUAUAGCUCCAAGACGUGUGCCCUUGUUGGAAUGAAGAAAACCCUGGUUUUUUAUAGGGGAAGGGCCCCUAAAGGUGAAAAGAGUAAUUGGGUCAUGCAUGAGUAUAGGCUUGAAGGCAAAUUUGCUUAUCAUUAUCUCUCCACAAGCUCGAAGGAUGAAUGGGUUAUUUCUAGGGUUUUUCAGAAGAGUGGCGCCGGUAACGGUUCCAGCAGCAGCCAUGGCGGUGGAGCGAGGAGUCGCAUCAACGCCGCCGUUUCGUUCUACCAAGAACCAAGUUCUCCGUCCUCAAUCUCCCUUCCUCCUCUCCUUGAUACCGCCACCAUUUCCCGCGCCGACCGUGACAGCUGCUCCUACGACAGCCAUACACAAUCUGAGCACGUGUCCUGUUUCUCCACCCUUGCUGCUGCAGUCUCCUCAGCUGCCGCCACCCCUUUUUUCCACCCCGGUUUCGACCUCGCAUUGCCACCUCCACCACAAAUGGUCAACAACGGUUUCGAUUCAAUCUCGAGGUACUCACAUACCGCCGGUGUUUCAGGAUUUCAAAGCCUGAGGUCCCUGCAAGAGAAUCUACAGUUCCCUUUCUUUUUGUCUCAGCCAGCAUUGGCUGCUGCAUCGCCGCUUCACGGCGACUCCCCACCGAACUUCGGCGCUGUAUCCGAGGAGGGUAACAAUGCCUCUGGUGCUAAGAUAUCCAUUGGUUCAUCUGUGUUUGACUGCAUGUGGACAUAGGA